UCAUUGACAAGUUGCCGCAGCAGCGAACUGUUUGGUUCGUCCCAUUGGCAGCAUAUUUUCAGUCGUGAAUCCUUUGCUCUGCGUUUAAGUACACCUUCGGGAAUAUUCUAACAAUUCGGCGACGCAAUGUCGGACCACGAGGAUCUCAUUUCGCAGUUCAAGGAUAUCACAGGAACCACAACAGAUCGGGCUCGGUUUUACUUGGAGUCAGCAAAUUGGACGUUGCAGUUGGCGGUAUCGAGCUUCUACGAGGGCGGAGAAGAAGCGGAAAUUGAAGACUUGGGGCACCAGGAAGUAAACGAAGUUCUAGACUUCGAAAGUGCAAGUUCGGGUCCUCAAAGCCUAGAGUCGAACUCAGCCUCGCAAAAGAUGUCGAAGAAAUCGGAUUCGUCGUUCAAGAAGGCCACGAACAGACCUAAGGUUGCUACGCUACACAAUAUGUCGCAACGCUCGUCAGAUGAUGAGGAAGAAGGGCAAGCUUUCUAUGCUGGCGGUUCUGAACGGUCCGGGCAACAGGUCCUCGGCCCGCCAAAACGGAAGAACUUUCGCGAGCAACUUACUGAUAUGAUCCGAAUGGCUCAAGAUAGCGGCGCUGUGGUGGAUCCCAUGACCCAACCACCGAGCUCAUCAUCUUCACGCGGUGACAUGUACCAGGGUGUCGGGCUCAAGCUAGGACAAACCGAUAGUGACCACGAAGUUGUAUCACGUGAUCGCCCCGGCCGUCCACAACGCAUUGAGCCGGUUGUCCUGAAACUGUGGAGUCAGGGAUUCUCAAUAAACGAUGGCGAACUGAGACCUUACGACGAUCCUGAUAACAAAGAAUUCUUGGAAACUGUGAUGCGAGGGCAAAUUCCUCAUGAACUUCGUGAAAUGGGGAAUGUGGUUAGCGUGGACCUGGAGGAUCACAGGCAUGAGGAUUUCAAGAAGCCAGCCACGGCAGUUAAAUCCUUUAAAGGAUCAGGACAUACUUUGGGAAGCCCAGCACCAAAUGUUGAGCCUUCAAUUCCUUCGACACCUUCGUCAGGUAGUCAAGAAGAUAAUCAAAAGCGAGCUGCUGAACAACUCAAAGUUAACACUGAAGCUCCGACGACAAUGCUUCAAAUACGCUUAGCUGAUGGCUCACGACUUUCAGGCCAAUUUAAUCAUUCGCAUACAAUCGACGAUAUUCGCCAAUACAUAGUAACAUCUCGACCACAAUACGAAAAUCGAACGUUUAUCUUAGUCACGUCAUUCCCAACGAAAGAAUUGAGCGAUGGAUCGCAAACCAUCGAACAAGCGGGACUUCUAAACGCCUCAUUGAUGCAACGUCUCAAGUAAUCAUAUUUUUUCCUUAUAAAAUGGUCUUGCUAUUUAAUUGAUAGUGUUGUAAUAAAAAAAGGCUAUAAAAUCGCUUCUAUGGUAUGAAAGAAA